CCAUGGCGAUGUGUUGACGUUUGCAGGUUCGUUCCCUCCCAGGCCGACGUGGCGGUCUUUGAUGCGAUCUCGGCCCCGCCCCCUGCUGACCUGUGCCACGCCCUCCGCUGGUACAACCACAUUAAGUCCUACCAGAGCCAGAAGAACAGUCUUCCAGGUGUGAAGAAGCCUCUGGGUCAGUACGGCCCUGCAGGUGUGGCCGACACCACCUCAGGCUCCGCCCCUGCGGCAAAGGAUGACGAUGACGACGACGACAUCGACCUGUUCGGCUCUGACGACGAGGAAGACGCCGAGGCAGCCAGGCUGAAGGAGGAGCGUCUGGCCGAGUACGCCGCCAAGAAGGCCAAGAAGCCCACCCUCAUCGCCAAAUCUUCGAUCCUGUUGGACGUGAAGCCGUGGGACGACGAGACGGACAUGGCCAAGCUGGAGGAGUGUGUUCGCAGCAUUCAGAUGGACGGGCUGGUCUGGGGACAGUCUAAACUGGUCCCGGUGGGCUACGGCAUCAAGAAGCUGCAGAUCGGCUGCGUGGUCGAAGACGACAAGGUGGGCACCGACAUCCUGGAGGAGCACAUCACAGCCUUCGAGGAUUUCGUUCAGUCGAUGGACGUCGCAGCUUUCAACAAGAUCUGAACACAAAGCGUCACAUUUAAUAAAGCACUUCAACACACACCAAA